CGUCUGCACAGACCCCUCCCGCAGAGAUGCUCCCAGCCUCACUACAACACGUCCCCUUGGAGACUAGGAGAGACACGUGACGCGUCCACUUCUCGGGGUUAGGGAGCUGCGCUUUGGAGCGACUUGGAAGCUAAAAAAAGGGGGAAAAGUGACUUUUCUGACUCCCGCUCGUCGUUUCGGUCGAUGGUUUUCUCUCCUUCGGGCGCUUAAGAAAGAGAGUGAUGCAAAACGCUUAGUUGACGAACUUUGUACAUCCUCUAAAACGCCAUUUUGCUCGCUCUCCGGAACAAGUUUGCAUUUUUUUUCCCCCCCUUCAAAGUCCAUCAUCUUUUCACCAUCAUCACUAUGUGUCGGCGCAGACUCCACAGCCCGGUCGAGCUCAGACUAUGAGCAGAAGCUUGCGUCACUCCCUCACUCUCUGGCACUGCCUCUCUGCCCCACUGACGUGUUUAGCCUUGAUCUCAAAACGGACCACUCCCUGCUCGACGCGGCUCUCGGCACACACCGCGUGAGCAAAGCUCGACGCUGCUACUCCGCAACCUCCAACCGUGUUCAGCACCGACAUGGAGAGCACCCUACAGGAGAGGAGAGGUACUGACAGCGCCGUGUUGGCUGUUGGCCGCGAGCCCCCUCGCCAGGGCGGGGAGAUCCCCUCAGGGCGCUCCGAACCGACAGGAGGAAAGCCCGAGAGGGAGCUGGGCCGCGUCGGAACGCCACGAGGGGAGAACGGAAGCGCGGAAGGGAAGGCGACGGAGGGAGCCGCACAGGAGGAGGAAGAGGGUGGUGGAGAGGAAGGCGAGGGGUGCCACGCCAACUCCACGAUGUGCAGCGUAACAAACACAGGCCAAGAGAACGGGGGGGCGGAGCCGGCCGCCUCUAACCCCUCCCCCAAGACCCCUAGCAAGUCGCCCUCUGCCAAUCGCACGGGCAGGAAGAAUCAGGAAGUGAAAGAACGCUCCAGUUUCCUGUGCCCCCUGUGCGACAAGAACUGCGUCACCCAGCACCAGCUCACCAUGCACAUAAGACAGCACAACACAGAGAAUGGAGGCACAGACCAUUCCUGCAGCAUCUGCGGCAAGGCACUGAGCUCGGCCAGCUCGCUGGACCGUCACAUGUUGGUGCACAGCGGCGAGAGGCCCUACAAGUGCACAGCGUGCGGACAGACCUUCACCACCAACGGCAACAUGCACAGGCACAUGAAAAUCCAUGACAAAGACCCAAAUAGUGUUCCGGCUUCCAGUCCUGCCUCCCCAAAUAAGCGCCGCAGACCCACAACCAAGAGGAAGCCAAGCAUAGAAGACGAUGGGGAGACGAUCGACGAACCACCAAAUAAAAAGCAGGCGGGAGAGCCAUCGCUUGUCAAACGUGAGGAAGAACUGCUGCACUGUCCCAUCUGCUUCAAGACGUUCAUCUGUAAAUAUGGUUUGGAGUCGCACAUGGAGACGCACCCUGACACUGCGCUCAGGUGUAACCUGUGCUGCAUCACCUUCCGCACGCACCGAGGCCUCCUCCGUCAUAAUUCCGUUAUUCAUAAGCAACUGCCCACAGAUCCCGAGGGAAGACCUUUCAUCCAGAGCAACCCUUCCGUCCCCCUGGGCUUCAGUGACCUGUCCUUCAUUGACUUUUCCUGCCAUAAGUUUCCUCAAAUCGCUCAGGUCUGGUGUGAAACGAACCUACGACGCUGCUCUAGCAAGUUCCACCGGUUUGUUUGUGAAGUCUGCAAUAAGGCCUUCCCUCUUCAGGUGUCUCUGGAUCUACACGCAGAGUCACACAAAGCUGACAAAGAUGCCUCAGCUGACCCCCAGGACCAGGAAGCCGAUGACUCAGGUGCUGUGGAUCCCAAAGGGACAGCCGAACCAGUGCCCCACGAGGACGCCGGCGCUGUAAACGGGAAGAAAGGCUUCAUGGAGGCGCUCGGCCUUCAGCUCUCUUCACUGGCCAAACCUGAGCGGUCUGAGGAGGAGAUACAUCAGGCAAUUUUUGACAGCAUCCAUUUUAUUCACGUCCAGCCUCCUGCAACAAAUCUACCUCAGGAGACCAGCAGCAGUCUUGGCCUUUGCCUUCUAGAUCCCGUGUCUGUUCAAGGCUUGAACAAAAACACUGGUCUCAGCCUGCUCUCCCUACAGCCAGUUCAGGGCAGUUUGGUUGUCCGGCCUGUCAGCGGCCCAAAUGGAGUGGAACUGGCUGACAUCCAGCAGAUCCUAAAGAUGGCUGCAUCUAUGCCACUGCUUCCAAAAGCCCCUGGAGGUCCUCUGCAGGCGGACCCCAGGCAGAUGACCUCUCUCAAACCCAGGCCACCCGUGACACCUCGGUCCAGCAUGGGAACCUCCACGCCGCCUCCACCCGUCAUGAACGCCCAGCAGGCGUCUUCGGGGUGCAUCAGCCCUGGCUUGCCGCCCCCUGCCGGCCAACUGCUCGUGACUUCCAAGCAGUCCACAGACUCCUCUUCCUCCUCAAACUCAUCCUCUCCAACCAGCUGGGAGAACACCCAUCUGGGGGCAGAUGGCACUGUAGCAAUGAUUACGACAUACAACCUGUCCACUGAAAAUAUCAAGCAGGAAGAUGUCAGGGGUAAAGAGAAAGAUGUAAGGACGCCAGGUGGGAAGAAAAUCCCAAAGACUGAAUACCCUUGUCGUUUCUGUACUCAAGUCUUCUCCUUCGCAGGAGGCCUUCAGGCUCACAUGCGCCAUCACCUGGGAGUCUCUCCAUACCAGUGCAGCAUCUGCACCUACUCUGCGCCGGACAAUGCAACGUUAAUGCGGCAUUUACGAACACACAGCGGCGAGCGCCCGUACAUUUGCCGACUCUGUCACUACCCUUUCACCGUCAAGGCCAACUGUGAGCGUCACUUGCGCAAGAAACACAUGAAGAGCACUCGGAAGGAGAUCGAGAAGAACAUUGAGUACGUUGCCACCUCCUCAAAUGCAAGUGGUUUAAUUGGCGGCACUACACAGGACUUCCUGGAUUCAGCUUGUACUGGUAACACCUCCUGCCGCUAUUGCGGAGAAGACCUGAAGAGCUACAGAGCCCUCCAGAUUCACCUGCGGACUCACAACGGGUGCCAGAGGAAACCAUUUGAAUGUAGCCAGUGCGGGGCAGCUUUUCUCGCCAAGCGGAACUGUAUUAAUCACUUGCUUAAGCAACACCCAGAAGUUCCAGAGAGGGAGAUCGAGGAACAGAUAAACACUCUUGUUCCCGUUACCUCUGCUGUGGUGGCCAACUCUCUUGCUUCGGCUUCAAAUGGGCUUCCACACGCAGUUCAGCCUCAAUCUGGCAAGCAGGACCUUAGCACCCCCUCAAGAGCGGAUGACCAAGACCAGCCUUUGGACUUCUCCAGCAAGACUUUGAAAACUAUUGGCUCAAACAUAAAACUAGACACAGCUGCUUCCUCCCAGCUAUCAUCGAAUGAGAGCUCAAUGGAGCCCAUCGAUCUCUCUAUUCCUAAGGUUCCCGAAGGGAAGAAAGUGAAGAGAGAGCCGGUCAGUGCCACGUCACGGUAUCCCCAGGAGCUAAAGAAAGAGCUUCCUUCCCCAAGCACGGACAGGCCCUCGGGAAAGGACCCUGGGGUCCAUGCACCUCUGCCACUUUCUACGCCUCGCCUUGCCUGCACUCUCACAGGGGACCUGUCCAAGCCCCUCACCACACGCCUGAAGCCGCUGCUGCCCAAACCAGCUGCCGCCACCAGUACUUCCGAGAUGCCCCCUCUGGCCUCCAUUGCCCAGAUCAUCUCCUCGGUGUCUGCUGCCCCUGUGCUGCUCAAACCGGGGAUUAAUACUGAGAAAAGCGAGAGAGCGAUGGGCGGUGAAACACUAAAUGGCAAGAAGAGUUCUGCUGGCACCGUUAAUCCCAAGUUUUCUGUCUUAAAGAGGAGAGGCAAGAAGAGGCCCUUCAAGGAAGACGCGUGCGAUCCUUUGGCAGCGGCCGCCGGCGGGAUCGACCUGGAGUCUAGCGGAGAGUUUCCAAGUGUGGAGAAAAUGCUGGCCACUACCGACACAAACAAGUUCAUCCCGUACUUGCAGUCCAGCCAGGUGGACUCGGCCAAGGACGAGUCCGAAAAAGAGAAACUGUCCGCCAGCGAAGAAGAGAAAGAGGGAAGAGGGGACUCGCCGAAGCCGCGGCCGCAAAGCAAAGGGAAAAAGAAUGCAUACUCAAAUUCUGUGCAGAAGAUGAAAUGUCCCUACUGCCCACGGGUGUUCCCUUGGACCAGUUCUUUACAGAGGCACAUGCUAACACAUACAGGCCAAAAGCCAUUCCCAUGUCCUCAGUGUGAUGCCUUCUUCUCCACCAAGUCUAACUGUGAGCGCCACCUACUGCGAAAGCAUGGUGUAUCCAGCCGGAGCGCGCUGCAGACCCCCGGGCAACGCCCAAAGCCCAAGGCUGAUGAGGGGUCCCUGGGAAGUACAGAGGGUGUUUCUGAUACUGAUCCUGCUUUGCUUGGAGAUGCUGUUGGUCCAAAAAAGGAGGAGAAACUCACAGAAAAUGACAAGCUCACAACCGAGCAACCCAGCCACUCAGCUGCAGAGCAGCUGGACGGUAAGACGGACCUGGAGCACUCGCAGUCUCCUGUCUGCAGUACAGUGAACACAGAGAAGACCGAUGAGGACUCGCAGAGCAACAAGAGCCUGGAUAACGACUUUGCCAGCAAGCUCAUAGAAUUCAAGCUCUCGGGAUCCGCCCAGCAGCAGCCCGAGGGCACGGAACCGCCAUCAGUAGCCGAGGGCGCCGUGGCGAAGGAGUUUCCUCACACGUGCGUGACCUGCAAGAAGACCUUCCGCCACGCGGCCACCCUUAGCCGGCACGUGAAGAUUCACCUUCGGGAAAGCCAGCCGGCGGAGAGAGGCAGGAAGGGCAGGCCUCAGCUCCCGGAGCCCUGCCUACCGCCCAGUGCCGGGGCAGCGCCAGGAAACGAGCCGGAGCAGGAGAGGAGGGCUACGGAGAAGGAGGAGAGCGGCAGUGCCGUGGAGAGCAGCGCAGAGGAGGAGAAGGAGGAGGCUCAGAAAGAGGAGAGAAGCGAUGAAGAAGAAGAUGGCAGCUUCUCUGGGCUCGGGGGUUUGGAGGAGGAGAACGAGAUGGCGGGAGGUAGAACUGACAAGAGGAAGAAAAUCUGUAGUGUGUGCAACAAACGCUUUUGGAGCCUGCAAGACUUAACCAGGCACAUGCGUUCACAUACCGGAGAAAGGCCAUACAGGUGCCCAACGUGUGAACGGACCUUCACCCUGAAGCACAGCCUGGUGAGACAUCAGCGCAUCCACCAGAAAGCCCCAGACAGCCGAGGGGCAGAGGGCUCGGAUGACCCAGAGGAAGCCAACGGAGGGAGAGAUGCCAGCCCCGUGGACGAGGAGGUGCUGUGCUCCUCAGGGAGCGAGAACGAGGCAGACGCCCCUGCCAAAAUCGAGCCCCAGAGCCGGGAGACGGGGGCAUCCCAGGCGGAGGAGGGACAAGGAGAUUCCGCAGAGGAGCCCGCGGAAAAGCGCCAGGCAGCAGACGAAGACGCCGGCGUCCAGGAGGAGAGAGAUUCCACAGCAGAAGCUCCCAAAGGACGUCAAGCUAUGGAGACUCGGGAUGCGGAAUCGGAAGCAGAGGAGACUCGCAAGACAGCCUCCGCAGACCCACAACCCAGAAGCGAUGGGUGUUUCUAGUCUUAUAGCUAACGCUGGAGCUGCACAAAGACCCACCGUGUGAGCAGGAGACUUGGGCUUGUUGACUUUGCGGAUCUGGUGCCAUACUCCCGUGAUCUUCCACAAACACUAAAUGAAGACACAGAAAGGCUGGCAUCCACCUAGGUUUCGUCUUGCAUACAGAAUGCGAAAAUGGAGACUAAUUUUUGCAGCACAAGAUAAUUCUUUCUCUUGAUCACUUAAUUAUUAUUUUUUUUCUUCAAAGAUUCGGAUCAGUGUGAAACUGGACAGCAUAAUUUUGAAUCAAAUGUAUAUGACUGUGAUUUUUUAAAAAUUAGUCGUAGUCUUUAUAUCAAACUAAAAAUUUUGUAUGAAAAAAACAAUGGUUUAUAUUAGCAACAUUAUAAUGUGUUAUUCUUGGGUAAAUUCCAGUUUGUUUUUAGUCUACAUGAGUUUUGCUUAAAUUCUGCAACUGAAGUGCCUGUGCAUUUCUCCUGAGAAUUCUGACGUUAGGCUCCUUUGUGUUUUGGAACAGUUGCCGGUUAAUUCGAUGACCUGUUGUACUUUUUGCUAUUGAUUUGGGUGAUCAUUGGUCAAUCAUUUAUUGGCAAUAUUUGCCUGCUUUUUUUUUUUUUUUAAUCUUUUCUCUCUUGAACCUCACUUGCAGAGUGGUGAUCAUAGCUGGCAGUUUGACACAGUUCCCCCUGGUGGUUUGGGGUGUAAAGCCUGACAUUAAGACAUUGGGUAUGAGCAAAAGCUUGCAAUUCCACACUUAUAAUGCUUUUAACUAUAGUUAGUUAGGAAAUGCAAAUAUUUCCCGAAAUGAGUUGAAAAUGUUGAAAAUGCCUAUACGAUCGUACUUCUGCAUCGUGUCAUGGAACUUAAACUCAAAUAUGACGUUUUGCCAUCAUUUCCACCGUCAUAAUUAACCGGAGCACUGCAGUAAUUUUUGUAGUACUUUGAAUUCCGUAUCACAGUAACACUGAAGUCCAGUGUACUAGAUUCUAGACGUGCUGGAUUGGUCGGGUCCUCUCACACUUGCACUCCAAAGAAGUGUUCCGAUAAAGCCGUGUGAAACCGGUAGAACAUGCAAGCUUUUACCCACCAUCACAGUGUCCUUGCUGUGCACCGGACAGAAGUAUGAUAUCCACCACACUUUUGAAUAUAUUUACAAUGUGAAUCCAAAUGCAAUUUUAUAUCACAGUAUCAUGUUAUUUGUGCUUAAUUCGUGAGGGUUUAUACUUGAAAUCGCCCUGUUGUUGUGCCCCCGGCGUUCUACAACAGCACUGUUCACACUGCGGCCUACACAUCACAUAACAGUACCUCAGCACUUGGUGAUUCUAACCUCACAGACUUCACCCAUGUGGCUCGAGGUUCUCCUGAUGUCACUUAACAGCCUGAGACCCAGGGCACAGUAAAGCUGAACUCCCAAAUUGUCCUCAGACGAGGGUGCAGUGUCUCGCAAGGUUAAAGACGGAACUCGCUUCACCCGAACCAGCGAUGGGACUCUCAGAGCCAAACACAACUAUGCAACGUUGCAGAUGCACAAGAAUGCGAUCAAACAGCACAGCGAGGUCAACCUUCUCUUCUCGUAAGGUCUUUAACCCCCAGCCCUCACAAGGCCAAACGGUCCACAGGUUUUGGUUUAGCCAGAUGGGACUUGAGAAACAUUGUUUACUCUAGGAAACACGGUGAAUGAAAAUGUCACUAUAUUUGCGGAAACAAAUCAUUUCUCCUACUAUGGUGUGCUUGUGAGUUGCGUGUGUGCUUGCUUAUGAUUUAUGGCAUGUGUGCAGAAUUAUAUCAGCGACAAAGAACACACUGAAUAUUUUAUGUAUUUAUUGAUCCAGAAUAGAGUGGGUGGAGCUAAUCAGAAAAGCCAUGUGGACUCCCUUGUAUGCUACUUGGAGAUAAAAGUGACUGUAGCACUGAACAAUCUUGAAGUUCUUUAUAUGAUCUUUUAUAGAUUGCAGUUCUGACGGCUGAGAUGUUGGCCACAAAUUACAUUUAUUAUUUUGUCUUUUGUUUGCAUAAUGCAGCCCCCACAAAUACACACGUGCGUUAACUGAAUAUGAAAUAUUUACUGAAUCUUGAGUAGUUUCAGUUGAGUUUGACUUUUUUUUUUUUUUUUUUUGCAUGUCUAAUUCAUUUGAUGAUUACCAACUCUUCUCUUUCUCAGGGGCUCUUCAGAUUAUGCAUAUUUACUCUGGGUUUUGUGCUUGGAAGAUUCUCAAUUGUGAAGCAAGCAAAGCAAUCACUACACUUACAGCAAAUGCAUAAAUGUGAAUUUCUUCAGGAAACCAGCUGCCUUUGGUGUCAUCUCAAUGCUGUUCUUAUUUUCGUUUUCUUUAUCCUCUGUAAUAGUGCAUGUUUUACCCAUUCAGAUGGUUAUUUUCACUGUCAAAGGGUUGCAUUUGUUAAAGGGAUUGCACAUGUUUGUCUAAUGUUCUUGUUCAGUUUUAGAAAGCUAGUGUCUUUUCCCCCCUUUACCACCAUAUUCAAUGUUAUAUGACAAAAAUAUUCAAACAAUAAACGUACACUAAGA